CAAUACAAAAAUAUUGGGGGGAACAUCCGUUUUAUAACGAUUGUCUUUGCCCAAUAAAUAAGCUACUUUCGUUCAUAAUAGGUGGGGGUUUGAUACAAAAUGGAAAAUACAACUACUGGCAAAUCUACAAUCCAAAUAAAGGAGAUUAUGGGAUUGUUGGAUCUAUUUUUGGACCUCCAUGGAGUUGGAUAUCUGUCACAGCCUCAACUGUGGCUCACUAUAUUUGCCAGAUUAAAGCCAGACUGGAAUAUUACAAAGGGAGUUAUUUUUUAUUUUCUCCACUUACUGCAAAUCAUGCUGGUGCAAAAUCAGCAUGUGUUGGAUUGGGUGGUCACCUUGCAAUUAUACCAGAUGCAGAAACUCAAACCUUUAUUCAAACUAAAGGAGCUGCUUAUAAGAUUGCAGGAAAAUGGAUGACAAGCAAUAAUUACGCUUACAUUGAUGCAGUGAAGACAUCAGAUGGAACUGGUUGGGAAUGGAGCACAACACAUGACAAGUUUUAUUUUAAAACAACUGUCCGUGGAGUUGGUGGUCCAUUCAUUGUUAAUGGUAAAUACAACAACUGGCAUUUUUACAAUCCGGACAGGGGUAACUAUGGAAUGACAAGCUCAUUCCCUGAUGUAAAUAUUUGGAGGUGGAGAUCAACCAAUCCCUCAUUUGAUGCUCACUAUAUUUGUCAACUUAAUGUAAAAAGCACGUUACUGGUUGCGUCCAAAUCAACUUUAAAUGUAAAGUACGGAGAAGAUUCUGUUCUUUGUUCAUCAGAUGCCAACCCUGGUCCUCCUGUCUCAUGGAAAAUAAACUCACAAGAUGUUUCAACAAACACAAGUGAACGAGUGUAUCAAAUAAUUACACAACCUACACUGGAUGGGAAUUCUACAUCACGUUUGUAUUUAACUCGUGGUUUACAUCAGAAUUCUGGUGUUUAUACUUGCAAUGCUACUUCCCUUGACCAAUCUGCAGAAACUAUUGUUAUUAUUGAAAAGCAGCCAAGAUUAUUGGAAAGUAAAUUAGCGACAUCAACAUACACUUGCAUAUUUAUCUGUGAAACUUCACCCACUGUUCAUUGGAAUGCAAAUGGUGUAACAGUUGAACAAGGAAUCCCAUUCAUAAACAACACAGUGUUGAAUACACAUGAAGUAUCAAGCCAAAUUUCUAACUUGUUAAUAUUUGGAAGUACAGAUGUUGUUUCAUGUUGGGCAAAAACUUCAGAUGGUUCUUCAAACAUAAUAUCAGAAACAGGAUUUUCAGAUGAUCCAAGCUCAGCAGUCACUUCUUCACCUGGUGGUUGCCCUGGUAACCAACUACAAGUUAAUUGGACAGAUAUUACCAAAACCAGUGGUAACAUUGUAUACAAUGUAAGCAUCACCAAUUCAAGUCAAACUUACAUGAAAACUCUCACUCAAACAUCAACAAGUGACAACAAAUAUUCAAUCACUUUUGAUAACUUGACACCAAAAACAGAAUAUACCAUCAAGGUAAAUUUGUUUCCAAAGUAUUCCAAGAAAAUUAACCAAAUAGUUGGAAGAACAACCGGUGAAAAACCAAGUAUUUUGUCAGCAAGUGCAAAUUUGGAUUCCAGUAAAACUUUUUGUAUAAUAUCAUGGAAUAAAGGACCAGAAACUGGAAUAAUUGGAUCAAGAAUUGUUGUAACAAGUAGCCUACACAAAAAAGCACCCGGUGUGCCAGACGUUGUAACUAAUGUAACACAUAUACCACCAAGUGGUACUUAUUCGUACCUACUUAAAACAAAACCAAAUCGUAAACAUGUCAUCACAAUCGCUGCUAAGACUUGUUCUGAAGUUGGUUCGUAUAUUGUAGCAACAGGACAUUGUAUAUCACAAGUACAAGCCCCUGCCAGUAUACCAACCCCCACAAUAGUUGGAAGUUCUGCAAGUACCUUACAUAUACAAGUAAACAAAGCUGAUGAAACUAACGGACCAAUCAGUUGUUAUCUUGUCAUUGGUGGUAAAGAAGGAAGCAACGUUUUUAGAGAUUCCUAUACAUGGAUGGAAAUAAAAAAAAUAAUCACAAACUCUAAGUCUUCUACAUAUUGUGCUGCGGUUUUACCAAGGUUUAAUGAAACAAGCAGACAAGUUAGCUUAUCAUCCAAUACAACAACACAAUGUAAAGUGAAUACAUCUUAUGCUAUAAGCUGCUCCAACAGAUUGUUGACUAAUGGAGUCACAUACAAAUUUCAGGUUGUCACUUUAACUUCAGCUGAUGGAGUUUACUUGACGCAAACUAGUCAACCGAUAGCUACAGCCCCGCUUGUAGUUAAGCCAACAAGUUCUAAUACACUCAUAAUAGCAGUUGUGGUGGUUGCAGUGUGCAUGUUGAUAGCUGUGGCAGGAACUGUUUAUUUCUACAUGAAACGAAAGAAUGUUUCUCUGAAACAAGGUAGAUCUCAAAAGGUUCAUUUUGUUCAGAAUGAAGGGGCUGUACAACAAGAUACUACAAAUUGUGAAGAAGCAUAUGUGAACUUAGAAGUUAAUCAAAUCCCAAACUUGAAGACCAGCGUCUCAUAAAUCAUCAGAUAAUCAAAGUAAAGAUGCUUUGCAACAAGAUAAUACAAAUGCUGAAGGUUAAAAUUUCUGUUUACAUCAAAUUAAGCAAAUUAUAUCAUUGCUGUUAUUGGACUUACUUUAAUUGAAAUGUAAAAUAAAUAAUGAAUAAAAAUAUACUAUUAUAAACCAAAGUUGGACAAUACGACUUAUUUAUCUCCACUGAAAAAUGUCCCUGCCACUCAAGGUAUAAGUUGUACUAAUUUUAUAUUUAAAAUACAUGAAGGGUAUUUGAUAUUAUUGUUAGUGGCAGAAUGCUAUCAUAUUCGUUCUUAAUGUUAGUAUUUAUUUACAUACAAUACAAAAACUAGCAAUUUUAGAAAUCCUAGCCAAACAGUGUCAAACAGUUACAUUACUGGAGCCUAUUAAAGGGUACAGCAAUAUAAAUGAAUGAAUGAAUGUAACUUACUUUGUUCUCGCGCGGCCGGAAAAUGACAGUCGUUAUCACAC